AGUGCCAGAGUUAUUCAGCAGUGUAAGUGACAAGAGUUGUCUAAGCAGAGAGAAGAAAAGUAGCGAAGAACCUGUCAAACAUUAGAAGAACAGAAAACCUCUGUUGUAAAAAGUUUGAUUGUUUUCUAAAAAUGAAGAUGACAAGUGGCAAAAUCCCCAUCGGCUCCCUACUGGUUCUCCUGGUCUUGCUGACCAUUACUGAAGGAAGAAGUCUGAGGGGGUUGGGGAUGGAACUGCGCUGCCGCUGCAUCCAGACAGAGAGCCGUCAGAUUGGUCGUCACAUCGGGAUGGUGGAGAUCAUUACGGCCAAUUCACACUGUGAAGAAACUGAGAUCAUUGCCACUCUGAAAAGGACGGGCCAAGAGGUCUGUCUGGAUGCUGAAGCUCCAUGGGUCAAGAAAGUUAUUGCGAGGAUGAUGUCAAGCAGAAGCCGUUGAAAUCUCCAGAUUUCAAUGCUUUGUUUAAUGCUAGGCUGUUUGUGGACGAACACUAUCAGAAGUAGUAUUACCAUGAGGAGGCAAGGUCACUGAGUUGCUUGUGUGGUUGUCAGACUAUUUAUGUUAUGUUCAUGGUGAAAUAGUGCCGGGCACUAUUAAGCUAUACCUAUUAUAAUUGUUGCAUGAUACAUGAAGAUUUUCAUUAUUAGCAUAUUUAUUUACAAGAGAAUUGUUUUAUCUACCUCUGAAGGAGUUUUCCCUUCUUUUCUCAAUGGUACAACUUGGAAAAUGUUUUGAAAAUUCUUGAGUAUGUAAGACCUAUUUAUUUGUUUUAUUUAUCAAUUUAUUAUUAUUAAACGUACAUGCUUUUGAAGAAAUAUGUAUCUAUUUAAAAUAAAAUAUAACAAUGAAAAUACCUUGCAUGCUUUUUUUUAUUCAUGAAUAAAGUCAUGCAGUUGGCCUUA